UAUAGUCAGGAGCUGGAUUUCGUGCGUGUCUCCAGCUUGUUGCAACUUUGUGGAAAUAUGUAACUGGAGGCAAAUGAGGCUGUAAGAUGGAGCAGUCGGCUACUCUGGACGUGGAGACUCUCAAGAUUACCCAGGAGCAGUUCAUCCUGGGAACCCAGUCGCUUCACCUCCAGCGGCCCGGCUGCGACGCCACCUACCCCGUGGGGCUGUACGGCUGGAGGAAGAGAUGCCUCUAUUUCCUCCUGCUGCUGCUCCUGGUCACCAUGAUCGUUAACCUGGCCCUCACCGUCUGGAUCAUAAAGGUCAUGAAUUUUUCAAUGGACGGGAUGGGAAAGCUGCGGCUGAACCAGGACGGGAUCCACCUGGAGGGAGUCGGCGAGUUCCUCCUGCCUCUCUACGUGAAGGAGAUCCGGUCCCGGAGGGACAGCCUGCUGGUCCUGAGGUCUGAAAAGAACGUGACGCUGAACGCCAGGAACAGCGACGGCCAGCUGACCGGCCAGCUCACAGUGGGACCGGAGGCAGUGGAGGCCCAGUGUCAGAGGCUGGAGGUGCGAAGCAGAGACGGGGGGAGGCUGCUGUUCACCGCCGACGAAGAGGAAGUCAUCAUGACCACGGAGAAGUUCACCGUAACAGGCUCGGAGGGCGCCGUGUUCGGCCAUUCGGUGGAAACCCCCCUGAUCCGGGCGAAGGCCUCCGAGGACCUGAAGCUGGAGUCUCCAACGCGAACGCUGACCAUGGAGGCUCCCAGAGGAGUGGAGGUCCGCUCCGACAAGGGUUCGCUGAAGGUCAGCGGGCGAAAGGACCUCCAGCUGGAGUCCACCGAGGGAGAGAUCCUCCUGGACGCCAGCACCGUCCAGCUGGGAGGCCUCCCGCUCGGCGCCUACACGCCGUCCCCCGGCCAGGCUUCCCGGGAGCAGGCCGUGUACGAGGUGUGCGUCUGCCCCAGCGGCAAGAUCUACCUCUCCCCCGCCGGCGUCAGCUCCACCUGCCAGGCCGUGAGCAACAUCUGCCUCUGGAGUUGA